UAUUUAUUAAAAUCAGGUUUCGGAUUCUGGGGGUCCAACAAGCAAGAUAGUAGAGCGUACAGCCGCUGCUACGCCGCGCCAAUCGGCCAUCAUCAUCAUCAUCAUCAUCAUCAUCAUAGAAGGGUCAUAAUCGAAAAGAUCGUCUAGCAAUCUGCGAUUCGUGUCGUUACAUCGACAUAUGUUUCCGGCGUGCUCUCUGCUCUAAAAUUUAGGUGCCGGUAGGCAAAGACCGAGGGAUAUCAUGCCUCCAAAAAAAUCCAUGGAGGAGACCGAUAGGCUGACUCGCAUAGCAAUCGUAAAUUCGGACAAGUGUAAACCGAAACGAUGCCGCCAAGAAUGCAAAAGGUCCUGUCCGGUGGUGCGAAUGGGAAAGCUAUGUAUAGAAGUUACCCCCAAUAGCAAAAUAGCUUCCAUCUCCGAAGAGCUCUGCAUCGGAUGCGGAAUAUGCGUCAAGAAAUGUCCGUUUGAGGCUAUAUCGAUAAUCAAUCUACCCAGUAAUUUGGAGAAAGAGACUACUCACAGAUAUUCCAAGAACUCGUUCAAACUUCAUCGACUUCCAAUUCCACGGCCGGGUGAGGUUCUUGGCCUGGUCGGUACCAACGGUAUCGGUAAAUCUACCGCUCUUAAGAUCUUGGCUGGCAAGCAGAAGCCGAAUCUCGGACGUUUUACCGACCCACCGGACUGGACAGAAAUAUUGAGCCAUUUCAGGGGUAGCGAGUUGCAAAAUUAUUUCACUAAAAUUUUGGAGGACGAUUUGAAAGCGCUGAUCAAACCGCAGUACGUCGAUCAAAUUCCAAAAGCGGUAAAGGGCACGGUGCAGCAGUUGCUCGACAAGAAGGACGAGUGUGACAAGCAGACGCAAAUAUGUAAAAUGCUCGAUCUUACCCAUAUCCGUGAUCGCGGUAUUGAAGAGUUAUCCGGGGGUGAACUUCAACGUUUCGCUUGCGCAAUGGUCUGCAUACAGAACGGCGAUAUAUUCAUGUUUGACGAGCCUUCCUCGUAUCUGGACGUUAAACAGCGUCUCAACGCGGCCGUUACAAUUCGUUCGCUCAUACACCCGGACAAAUUUAUCAUCGUUGUCGAGCAUGAUCUUUCCGUUCUCGAUUAUCUCUCCGACUUCAUUUGUUGUCUUUACGGAGUUCCCGGUGCUUACGGUGUCGUUACUAUGCCCUUCUCCGUUCGCGAGGGUAUUAACAUAUUUCUCGAUGGUUUCGUACCAACGGAGAAUCUUCGUUUUCGCGAAGAAUCUCUCGUAUUCAAAGUUGCCGAGAGCGCGACCGAGGAAGAGGUCAAACGGAUGAAUCAUUACAAAUAUCCGGCAAUGACCAAGACGAUGGGAUCGUUCUCGUUGAGAGUCGAGAAGGGUCAAUUUACCGAUUCAGAAAUUCUCGUAUUACUCGGGGAGAACGGUACCGGCAAGACGACUUUCAUCAGAAUGCUGGCCGGCAACUUACCUCCCGACGAAGGAUCCGACAAUAUUCCAACGCUUCACAUUAGUUACAAGCCCCAAAAAAUCAGCCCGAAAUCACAGGGUAUCGUCCGUCAAUUGUUGCACGAAAAGAUUCGUGAUGCUUACAUACAUCCACAAUUUAUCACGGACGUGAUGAAACCCCUCAAGAUCGACGACAUCAUGGAUCAGGAGGUACAAAAUCUUUCGGGAGGUGAAUUGCAGCGUGUCGCGAUGGCUCUGUGUCUCGGUAAGCCCGCCGACGUAUAUCUCAUCGACGAGCCAUCGGCCUAUCUCGACUCGGAACAACGUCUCGUAGCUGCUAAAGUUAUCAAGAGGUUUAUUCUGCACGCCAAAAAAACCGGUUUCGUCGUCGAGCACGACUUUAUCAUGGCUACUUAUCUGGCGGAUCGCGUAAUAGUAUUCUCCGGGGAACCUUCUCUUAACACGGUCGCCCAUACUCCGCAAUCCCUAUUGAACGGAAUGAAUAGAUUUUUGGAACUGUUGGGCAUCACUUUUAGACGAGAUCCCAACAAUUUCAGACCCCGAAUCAAUAAGAAUCAGUCCGUAAAGGAUCUCGAUCAAAAACGGGCCGGGCAAUACUUUUUCCUCGAGGAAUAGGUAUCUCAUGAUUUUCGGGUUCAUCAUUCGGCCGGAGGGAUCGACCGAUACUGGCCACGCGAACGUCGAUCGUCCUCAACAUUGACUAACUAAUUCAUCAAUCUUCGUACGUGCGCAUAACGAAUAAUCAAACCCUUUUUUCUCGCCUUCUCAUAAAACCUGGAAACGUGUCAUCACCCCCCCCCCCCCCCCCCCCCCCCCCCCUCAUGCAUUUUGUACAAAAUGAGAAAUGCAACGAGAAGAAGAAAAAGAUAAAAUGUGCUGGCUAGUAAAUUCGAUAGAUGAAUUAUUUUGUGGCGUUGUCGGUUGUCGUGAAAACGCUAAUGAUGAACGGGAAGAAAAGAGGAAUUGUUGAACAUUUAUGAA